AUGCUAGUGCCAUAUACGGCAAGAAGCGUUUGGAUCUUUUUUGUGCCGCCUUGCAUCUACCUUACCCCUGAUCUCCAGCGCGACCCAACGCAUGUAGACGUGGAACCUCGCACCCAUGGAGGCAGUUCAAGUAUCUUCAAGGACGGUCGAAUCACAAGCGUGGGCUUGAUGAGGCCAAGCUGUGGGCACAAAGCUGAAGGCAUGCAUCACUGGCAGCCGGAGGACGUCAUCGAGUUGGAGAAUUACCGUGUCGCUGCUUCCAGAUCAGACACCAGCGGAGCGGGCGUCCUCUCGGCCGGCCCGUGGCUCGCCACCCAAUGUCGAGGAAUGAAUCCACCCACCAUGUACUACAGCCGUGGUGUUGGAGGAGGAAUGUCAUCCCCCUGCUCAUUGCAGCAGGGGUGGCAUUGGCGAAGGAAGGAAUGUUUGUGUUGUGCUCGACCAGCUAGCCACACAUCAGGCUGUUGGGUUAUUGGAAUCGAGCGCUGACAUUCCACCGGACUCUUCUCUAUGCGACCUUGAAGUUGUUUCAUUCUUGGUUGGAGGAUGCAUUGUAUGAACAAGCGAUAGAUAGCGAAAGCCACCUGCCCAAGCCGGCUUGCGCACUUUUCACAACUCUAUUUCACGUGUUUGAACAAGCUGGCACUUCAUUGUUGCCAUGGCACAGUGUUUUCACAAAUGUUUUCGGUUUGAC